UUGUGUUUUUUUCCCAUCAUCCCUUUCGUUGUUUUGAAUACAAUACAUUUUCUGUGAUCUUGCAACUAAAUAACUUAUAAAGAUUGAAAAGUAAUGGCAUUUGUAUUAAACAAAUGCAUUUAAAAAAGUAAUCCAUACUUUUUUAAUUGAAAUUUCUGUCUCGUUUAAUUUUUUUCAUGCAUUUAAAUGAUUUUUUUAAAAUCUUUAUAUUAUGGAUGAGGAGAUAGCAAUUACUUCUGUACUAGCAGACGACAGAAAAUCAGAAUCCUCUCAUUCAGACAACAAAGGUGCAAAAGAGUUGAAUGAAAAAAGUGAACUUAUAUUUGAAAUUAAAACUAUUUGCAAUAUAGACUCUUUAGUACAAAACUGUAAGUUUUUUGAAAACAAAUCCUCCUUUACAUUUUCUGACCCUAAACAGCCUGAUUUUCCUAUGGACACAAAUACUGCACAUCUCUGUUUUCAUUCUGAAUCAUUCAUGAAUGAAAAUAAUUUUGAAAGAGAUAUUCCUCAUUCUCCCACGAAUGAAGAAAAGAAUGCGCCAAAACAAAUGCAAGAAAGUUUUGAACAACCUGAAAAUUAUUUUGUGCCUGAUAGGACAGACAAGACAACCCCUAUUUUAGAAAAUGAAAUUAAACUCCCAUCAGAAAAUGAAGAAAGUUCUGCACAUCAUGAGUAUCAACAAUGUACUGAUUCAAGUGAAGUGCUGGAUGACACUAAGAGGUCCAGUCGAAGAAACAGUAAAAGAAAGAAAGAUUUUGAUGGAUGUUGUCCCAUUUGUGGUGUAACGGUUCGAUUAAAUGAUUUGGAAUCCCACUACAAUCAAGAAGUCGAGAGAUUAUCCAAAAUUUCACGUUGUUCUAAAAAAAUGCACCUUGAAGAUGUUCCUAAAAAUGAAGCCUUUGACCUGGUCAGGAAAAAUAGAGAGCAACGCUUAACUGCUCGUGUAGCAAGAUAUUCAGCGAGAGCAAAGAACGAAGUGAAAUGUCCCGUCUGCAGUUUAAGGAUGUCUGGUACAGCCGAAGAAAUCAAUAAGCAUGUGGCUUUCUGCAUACAGGAUUCUGAUGUUAAUGUCGAUGAUACUGACAGCUUUGAAGAAUAUGAAAUUGGUGAUGAGACUAGAAUACGACCUAUUAGUUUAGUUCCUGGAGGAUAUAGAUGUAAGAAUUACUUCCUGUUUUUUUUUUCUCUAUGAAACGUAUAAACAUACAUUUUCUUUUGAUUAAUCUGUAUUUUAUUGAAUUCAGGGUAUC